AGUACAUCGCCACGUCACAUCUUUUGACGUUGGCUAGAUGAGGAUUUUAAUCCCGGAAUUGCCAUAGCUCUUUGAAGAACACUUUUAAAUGAAUGAGAAUUCCAGCUGUAAUCAUGAUGGAUAUUGUUGUGAUUUCAUUGCUCGUCGUUUGGCCUCAACUGUGUUUUGGUGUUUACACAGGGAAUCUUGCUCAUGGGGCCUAUGCUGUCCAAUCGUCCAUUUACGAUGAAUUAGCAGAUGCUCAACAUGCUGUAGAUGGAACAAAGAUUCAAAUUACUUUUACGGCUCAUGCACUCACACUGCAACGGAAAAUAAUCCAUGGUUGAGAGUGGACCUCAAAAAUAUCUACAGUGUGAACAAGAUUAUCAUCACUAAUCGUGGAGACUCUUAUGCUGAGAGGAUAGAAGGUGCUCAGAUUCGUAUUGGCAACAGUCUGGACAACAAUGGCAACAACAAUCAGAUGGCUGCAACUAUUCUCACUGCUCCUAUGUACACAGAAACCUAUACGUUUAAUCCUAUUAAUGGGCGAUAUAUCAACAUUUUUCUACCUGGAAUGUCAAAAGUUCUCAGUCUUUGUGAGCUUGAAGUGUAUACAGGGAAUCUUGCUCAUGGGGCCUAUGCUGUCCAAUCGUCCACUUACUAUGAAUUAGCAGAUGCUAAACAUGCUGUAGAUGGAAACAGAGAUUCAAAUUACUUUUACGGCUCAUGCACUCACACUGCAACGGAAAAUAAUCCCUGGUUGAGAGUGGACCUCAAAAAUAUCUACAGCGUGAACAAGAUUAUCAUCACUAAUCGUGGAGACUCUUAUGCUGAGAGGAUAGAAGGUGCUCAGAUUCGUAUUGGCAACAGUCUGGACAACAAUGGCAACGACAAUAAGAUGGCUGCAACUAUUAUCACUGCUCCUAGGGACACAGAAACCUAUACUUUUAAUCCUAUUAAUGGGCGAUAUAUCAACAUUUUUCUAUCUGGAAUGUCAAAAAUUCUCAGUCUGUGUGAACUUGAAGUGUAUACAGAGAAUCUUGCUCAUGGGGCCUAUGCUGCCCAAUCGUCCACUUACGAUGAAUUAGCAGAUGCUCAACGUGCUGUAGAUGGGAACAGAGAUUCAAAUUACUUGAACGGCUCAUGCACUCACACUGCUGAGGAAAAUAAUCCCUGGUUAAGAGUGCACCUCAAAAAUAUCUACAGUGUGAACAAGAUUAUCAUCACUAAUCGUGGAGACUGUUGUGCUGAUAGGAUAGAAGGUGCUCAGAUUCGUAUUGGCAACAGUCUGGACAACAAUGGCAACAACAAUCAGAUGGCUGCAACUAUUCUCACUCCUCCUAUGGUCACAGAAACAUUUGAGUUUAAUCCUAUAAGGGGAAGAUAUGUCAACAUUUUUCUACCUGGAAUGCACAAAGUCCUCAGUCUGUGUGAGAUUGAGGUGUAUACAGGUUAAGUGGCAUGAGUUGCAACAUGAAUCAAAUGCUGAUUCCGUCAUUUACUCACCCAUAUAAUUUUUUCUUCGUGGAAACAGCAUAUGUUAUAUGUACUACUUUUAUGGUAUUGAGUGUAAUAGUCAGUUAAAAUACACUCAACAUUUUUUCUUGCUAUUAUUUUGCCCCACUGAGGGAAAAUAAUUUAUAACAUGAAAUUUUGAACACAAUAAAAUAAGCAUAUCACA